GUUUCAUUCAAAAACCUUCUUUCAGGUUCUUCUUCUGCUAAUAGCUCUCUCUGCUUUGAACCUUUGUAAGUGAAAAAAAAAAAAUCAAAAAUAAAGUUAAAUGAAGCUUCAAAAAUGGCGUUAAUGGCAACGACACGAACCCAAUUAUCUAGGUUCUUAAGCCGGACACUAACACGACCGGGAUUUAUAGCCUUCAACGGCUCGAUUCGGCGGCCAGAAGCACCACCGGUUCACCGCAACUUCUCCUCCUCCGCCGCAGCCGCAGCGGUGGUGCCUCAAAGAGAGCCGAUGGGAGUUAAAGAAUACGAGGAUUAUAGACGAUCUCUUUACGGAGACAUCACACAUAAAGCUCUCCUUGUUGAUGCUGCUGGAACCCUCUUAGCUCCAUCUCAGCCUAUGGCACAGAUUUAUAGAGAGAUUGGUGAGAAAUAUGGAGUUCAGUACUCUGAAGCUGAGAUAUUGAAUAGAUAUCGAAGGGCUUACGCUCAACCAUGGGGUAAAUCUCGUCUCAGAUAUGUGAAUGACGGGAGACCCUUCUGGCAAUACAUUGUGAGUUCUUCCACAGGCUGCUCAGAUGAUCAGUACUUCGAAGAAGUUUAUAACUACUAUACCACUGACACGGCUUGGCAUCUAUGUGAUCCUGAGGCUGAGAAAGUAUUCAUGGCUCUUAGAAAAGCUGGUGUAAAAUUAGCCGUUGUCUCGAACUUUGAUACUCGGUUAAGACCAUUGUUAAGAGCUCUGAAUUGUGAACACUGGUUCGAUGCUGUUGCUGUGUCAGCUGAAGUAGAAGCAGAGAAGCCAAAUCCAACAAUAUUUGUAAAAGCUUGUGAGCUGUUGGGCAUAAAACCAGAGGAAGCAGUUCAUGUAGGGGAUGACCGUAGGAAUGAUGUAUGGGGUGCCAGAGAUGCCGGUUGUGAUGCUUGGCUUUGGGGUUCUGAUGUUUACUCCUUUAAAGAGGUUGCUCAAAGGAUAGGGGUCCAGGUCUAGAGGAUAAUCAUCAGUACUUGGAAGCUCUUGCUGCAUAUAUGUAUGUAUGUAUGUAUGUAUAUAUAUGCAUGCAUGUACACUGUACAGCUUUGUUUUGCAGUUGUUAUGAGAUACAGGCUUUUUACAAAUUUUCUGUUUCAUGUAGUGUGUGUAAAAUGUAUAAGAUGUUGAGGCUAUACAUACAUUUUGUUGGUAUGAGGUAGCUAUCAUGGUUCAGGUUGAGAACAUAUAAUAUAAAGUUACUAAAUUACCAGUUUUUGUUCA